AUGAUAAUCGACAAUCCGGAUAUGUUCAAAGCUUGGCUUACCGCCGUGUUGGAACCGUUAUGUGAUGCAGAUCCUGCUGCUUUGGCCAAAUAUGUCUAUGCGUUGGUUAAAAAAGAUAAAACUCUGGAAGAACUCCGUGGUGACAUGGUUGAACAAUUGGAUGUAUUUCUGCAAAAAGAAACUAAAAACUUUGUGGAGUUGCUCUUCAAGACGUUAGAAACUCAGGAAUAUGUGUUUCCACCGCCUAAGAAUGAUCCAGAUGGUGGUGGGACACCACCUGGUGUAAAUCCAUCAGCUCCAGUUGUAUCAUCGUCAACAGAGAAAAUAAUAGAUGCAACAGUUCCAUUAGUACCUAUUAUUACAAAUCCCUCUGCCCCACUUCAAAUUAAUGGAUCAGCACCUGCUGUAAUUAGUAAACGCGAGACUAGAAAAUCUGAUUCAGAUAAGGAUAAAGAAAAGGAAAAACGAUCUCGAAGCAGGAGUGGGAGAAUGAGAUCGAGAACACGAUCACGAUCACGAUCAUGGGAAAGGGACAGACGUAGAUCUAGAAGUAGAGAACAUAUUCGGCGUGAUAGAGAAAGAGAUAGAAGUCGCCCAUGGCGAAAUGAAUCUCCACCUAUCAGUACCAGACGACAUGAUCGCCGACGUACUAGGAGUCGCAGUACAUCACCGAUACGACCUAGAAUACGCGACGGUCCAGAUAAUCGCGAUCAUCGAGCGAGGUUUAGGAACAGAUCUCCGACGCCGCUUCGAUCCCGUUCACGUUCAAGAUCAAUAGAGAGAAAGAAAAUCGAUCGCUUCGAAAGGAUAGAAGUAGAUAGAACAGAACGAAUCGAGGGGAGUCCUGGUGGUGGUACACCGACCCAAGAUAGUAAUCACGGAGAUGUAGACAUGAGGCUGUCUACGACUAGUCAAUCGAUACAAAGUGUUGUCGCUGUUGCUGGUAGUAUUCCGAAUAAUCAGACAGGUUCUUUUCAACAACAAGCAAAGAGACGUUGCAGAGAUUUUGAUGAAAAAGGAUAUUGUAUGAGAGGAGAUCUCUGUCCUUAUGAUCAUGGAACAGACCCAGUUGUGUUAGAAGAUGUGGCACUUAGUCGUGUUUUGAGUUUUGGGCCGCAUAAUGCUCAAGCUCCAGGAACAGUUCCAGUAUCCACGGUACCAGAACCACCGCAGGGUCCUAACGGUAAUCCACCACCGCCACAUCUUCCUCUUGCCAGUUUACCACCAUCUCACUUAAGAAACCAUCAUUCUAAUAUGGAUGUUUUUGCAGAAUAUAAUCCAGAUGCACCUAGCAUGGAGCCACGAAUGCCAUGGGGUAGACAUCCACAAUCUGCGCCUGGGAUUUAUGGCAGAGGACAAAGAGAAUUGAUCAGUGUGCCAGUUAUUCCCCACACAAACUCGUCAGAAAUAACUCAUACCCAAAGCAAUCCACUAAAACGCAAACAAACGUUCGACUUUAAUCGUCUAGGACCGAAACAGAGAGUGGUGCAUAAUCCGGCAAAUUGCUCUCUCGAACUGAAGAAGGUUCCUCGAAGCUUAAACAAUAUAACUCAAUUGAAUAAUCAUUUUUCCAAAUUUGGUAAAAUUGUAAAUAUUCAAGUUAAUUUUGGCGGCGAUCCUGAGGCAGCCUUGGUUACUUUUCAGUUACCAGCCGAAGCAAAGUCUGCUUACAGAAGCGCAGAGGCUGUGUUAAAUAAUAGAUUUAUUAAAGUAUUUUGGCAUAAUGUCAAUAAUAAUGCGGCUAGUGGAGCUAUUGAAAAUGUGCCACCGGGAUGCCGUCCCUCUGUCAAAGAAAGAUUAGGUGCUGCGGUAACAUUAUCUGCAAAAACUGAAGAUAACGAGUAUGUUCCCACUCGUCGUUCGACUGAGGAACAAGUCACGCAAGCCUUAGUUCCAACUUCACCUAAAGCUGCCGUUAUUCCUACUCGAGAGGACAAAGUUCUCGCAAUAAAGAAAACACAGGAGAUAUUAGCGGCGAAGGAAACACUAAAGAAAAAGCAGGAGGAGAAACGUAAGGAGGCGAUGAAGCUGACUGCUGAUCUACGCAAAAGAAAACAAGAGUUACUAGAUAAGCAUCUGAUUGAAUUACGUGCCUUGAUUGACAAGGCUGAAAAGAAUCCGGAGCAAAAGGAAUCAAUCAUGCCGACGAUAAAGACUAUGCAGCAGUCGGUCGACAAUUUGCGCAAGGAUUUGGCCGCAAACGGUCAGAUUGGUGGUAACAAGUCACAGGUCAAGUCUAGGGAGCAAGCCCAGAAGGAGAUACUGGACGCCGAGUUAGAUUUAAUGACCGCACAGCAAGAGGGCCAAGAUGCUGGCGAGUUGCAAAAGAGAUUGAACGAACUUCGAGCUCAAGCAGCCGCGUUGGGUUUGAACACGAGUCCCGGCGUGGGUAGAGGUACAAAAGUCAGUCGAGUAGCACGCGGUACGCAUACGAUAUCCUUCAGAGGUCGCGGCAGAGGAAGUUUCACUCAUGUCUCAGUAGAUCACCGGCCAACAAGUCUUCUAGUCUCCGGUUAUGAAACUGAAGAGAAGGCGGAGGUCUUAGCACAUUUUCAACAAUUUGGUGAAAUAGUGAAUCAAAUAGUUGACGAUGCAACUCCCUCGAUUGUGAUUAAUUUCAAAUCAAGAAAGGAGGCUGAAGUAGCUCUUGUGAAAGGUCGUACAUUUCAAGACAGACUGUUAUCAAUAACUUGGGUAUCCGGCCAUCAUUUACAUCGUGGAGGAGCUACUAACUCGAGUGCAUCUAUACAACUCUCAUCUCGUUCUGAACAAACCGCACCUACCGCAGAUGAGGAUAUUGACUUAGAAGGCACGGAGGCAUUACUCUUAGAGGAGAACGAGGAAGAAGAAGAUGAAGAUGGUGAGUCACGCAGCUGGCGGCGAUAGCAGCAUCGGCAUCAGCGUCAGCGCCGUUUGUGACAGGAGCUUGGUGUCAAAUGUAACGACUGCGUGAUCAUCCGGGCCGAUCGUCAUAUGCGACCUGGUACUUACGCCUACAUUGCUGCACCGCCAUUUGAUGCAUCUAUUGCCAUUUUCACGAAGAAAUCGAAUUACAUCAUGCUCAUCAGCGUUAUCAUGAGCGUUACACUAUUUGUUAAUAUUAUUGAAUAUACAAUACACAUGCGCACCAAUGACGGGUACGAUGUACCAUAUUAAGUGGCGCAUCACAAAAUAGAGAAAGAAAAAAGAAAGAAAAAGAGAAUCAACAUGCAAGUUUUCGAACAGGAAUAACUAACCAAAAUUUAUUUGUAGAAUAAAAUCGCUAUGUUUUGUAUGGGAAGAAAAAAAAAAGAACACCUGUCAUUUUGAGUUUCACACAAGUCCUCUUCUUUUGUACGUAGAACUCGAAUCGUUUUUCUAGCUCUUGUUGUUUUAAAGGCUCGUACAUGGUAGACGGAUUUAGGAUAAGUAGGAGCUUGUAAUUUCGAGAAUAUUAAGAACUUUCAUUCGAGAAUGAGGAAAUUAUAUUUGUAAUUUAUACUAUACAAAUAGCUAUAUUAU